CGAAGGGAUCAGGCGGUUGAAAUGGAGAGCGAAAGGACUAUGAGCAAGAAUGUCCAAGAGACAUGGCGUGGCUCCAUGACACGGUGAAGGAACCUCACGUCACUAACAGGACUCCUCUGAACAGCGAAGUCAAGGCCUCGGCAUCGAGCUGCCUGACUGGAGGGUUUUCAGUUCGCUUUGCUUUGGUCUUCCCUCGUUUAGCCCAAGCAGAAGGCGCACGCGACGUCUCAACGGAGCGGGAUCUGCAGAGUAUGUGACAAACAGUCUCGUCUGACAGCUUUAGGAAGCUCAGUAUGAGUCGAGAUGGAUGGAUGAAGAAGAAAGCUAAUAGCAGUGAGGACAAUGGUUGGGCUGAAAGGGGCGGCUACAUGGCUGCCAAGGUUUCAAAGCUGGAUGAGCAGUUUAAACUUGAUGCGCCCAGAGAAAAGCAGAAGGAAGGGACGUGCUCCACCAUCUUCAGUGGUGUGGCUAUUUACGUCAAUGGAUACACAGAGCCGAGUGCAGAUGAACUUCGCAGGCUGAUGAUGCUGCAUGGAGGUCAGUUCCAUAUUUAUUACAUGCGCUCUAAGACCACCCACAUCAUCGCCAACCACUUACCCAACUGCAAAAUCCAAGAGCUCAAAGGGGAAAAGGUCAUCAGGCCAGAGUGGAUCACUGACAGUAUUAAGGCUGGGCGCCUCCUGCCAUAUUUAAAAUACCAGCUGUAUGCUAAACAGAAGAGCACGCUCUUCUCUAGCUUGAUCCUGGGCCACAAUGCAGAGACUGCAGGAUCGAGCCGCUGUCCCCUUCAGCCGAACGUUCAUCAAAAGCUCCAUUUGCCUCAGCGAAACACUGAGCUUUCUGUUCCGCACAGUGGAGGAUCCUCAUCCAGCUGUAAGAACAACUCCAUCCCUGUCCCCAUCCGCAGUGAAGCCGACCCACCGUCCACCCAGCAUUGUUUUAAAGCUCGCUUGGUUAACCCCAAACCAAGUCAUUCAGAGUCCAGUCAGUUUACAAACUCUCAGCACAACAGAUCUCCUCACACAAACCCACUUUCUAACCACUGCAACACAAAGCACUCACACAAAUCUCUGCAGUCUGCUCACGUGCAUGGAGAAGAAUUAAAAAUAAAUGGACUACUACAGACCUCAUUGGAUAUCACAAGCCAUUCCAAAAUGAAUGGAAUACAAGGCGGUAGAGAACUGGAUUUUUGUCCUGCUGGGGUUUCGAAGGGGGUUAAGGGAGCCCCCCUGACCAAUGGACACGUUCAUCUUUUUAAUGGUGCCUUAAAGUCGGAGGACUUGUCCCUUGUUACAGAUCUGUUCUCUUCUAACAGGGACGUGUCUAAAUGUCAAAUAAAGAGAUCAACAGAUAAACCUCAGAGUCCUCCAUAUCAGACGAAUGCUGACCCUUAUGAGUUCCCCCCCAGCCCUCCAAAACAAUCUGACCUCCCACCUGGUUUUCUGGAGCAAUCCUGCACACAAGGAGACAAUGGCCAUAAACCUCCACUACCCACCUCCCAUGAGGCUGCCAACAAAAUCCAGCUCCUGCCUAAAUGUCUCCACCCUCACAGUCAGGUCACAACCACCUCUGAGCAGACUCAUCUGCCUCCUCCUUCUUCUUCUACUUUGCAGUCCUCAGUUAGACUGAACGGAAGUCACCAUGAUGCCUUCUCAUCCGACCUGACAUUCCUCAGCACAACCUCUAUAACAGCCAAACCUGAUCCUCCCACCAAUGAGACCUCAUCCAAGACCUCAGAGCUGCUGCUGGAACAGACGGGGGGUCUGAUCUCCGAGUACUACUCUCACUCACGUUUGCACCAGAUCUCCACGUGGAGGGUUGGAUUUUCUGAGUAUGUCAACGAGCUGCACAGCAAACGGAAAUCCACAGGGGGCACCUCUUUCCCUGGCAAAGAUCGUCUGAGGAAGUUUAUAGCUCGGCGAUCUGCAGACGGUCAGGGUACAUCAGCCCUAGGCAGCAUUAAAUCUUGUAUCCUCCACGUGGAUAUGGACUGUUUUUUUGUGUCUGUUGGGAUUCGACACAGACCGGAGCUUAAAGGGAAGCCUGUAGCUGUGACCAGUAACCGUGGACAGGGCAGAGUCCCUAUAAGACCUGGAGCUAACCCACAGGUGGAGCUGGAGUACUACCAGAGAAGAUACACUCAACCCCAGUCAGAAAGAUCAGGUGAUGAUCUGCCUGGUACUCCCUCACAAGACACUCCUGACUUUCAUGACACCAGUACAGACCAGGAGGCCAUGGCUCUCUCAAUGGCAGAGAUUGCAUCCUGCAGUUAUGAGGCUAGGCAGACAGGGGUGAGGAACGGGAUGUGUUUUGGCAAAGCAAAACAACUGUGUCCCUCAUUGCAAUCAGUCCCUUAUGAUUUUGAGGCCUAUAAAGAGGUGGCUCUGAACAUGUAUGAGAUUCUGGCAAGUUACACCCAUGACAUUGAGGCUCUCAGCUGUGAUGAAGCGCUGGUAGAUGCCUCUGGUCUGUGCGCUGAGAUUGGUGUCAGCCCGGAUGAUUUAGCCCGAGCCAUCAGAGCAAACAUUGAGGAGAAAACAAGAUGUUGCGCUUCAGUGGGAAUGGGGACUAACAUACUGUUGGCUCGACUGGCAACUCGUAAGGCCAAACCCAAUGGGCAGUAUUUCCUCAAGUCCGAAGAAGUGGAUGAUUUUAUCAGGGACCUACCAGUGACCAGUUUACCAGGUGUUGGACAUGUUAUGGCUAAAAAACUUGCUGGUGUGGGUGUGAAGUCAUGUGGGGAUCUCCAGCAAUUGUCUUUAUCUCAGCUGCAAAAAAAGUUUGGACCCCGUACCGGACAAACUCUGUUCCGCUUCUGUAGGGGUUUGGAUGACCGACCCGUCCGCUUUAGAAAGGAAAGAAAAUCUGUCUCUGCUGAGAUGAACUACAACAUCCGCUUUACCACGGUUGAUGAGGCUGAGAGUUUUCUCACCAAUUUAUCGAUGGAGGUGCAACGACGUUUACAAGACGCUGGACUGCGUGGUCGGAGAGUCACACUUAAGGUCAUGGUCCGCAAGGUUGGAGCACCUCUGGAGCCAGCUAAAUAUGGAGGCCAUGGCGUAUGUGAUAAUCUAACCAGGACUGUGUUGCUCACUCAGUCCACAGACAGCGGUCAGCUGAUUGCCUCCGCUGCCAUAAAGCUGUUUCACGCCAUGAAGCUGCAGGUCAAGGACUUGAGAGGUGUUGGCAUUCAGGUUCAGCUUCUUAAGGGAAGUCAGUCUGUUACAAAGGACUGCCAUGGUCCUCGAACACACUCCAUCAAAAACUUGUUGUUGGGCCAAGGACCGAGUGCUAAAUCCAACAACAAAGACACUCGCCAAGAUCCAACAGAUCCUCCAGGUGGCUCCUCAACACCUCCUUUCACACCUGCUGAGCCAGUUCCAGGAACAAGCAAAGACCAUCCAGAUUGUAGAAGAACACCAAAACAUUCUCGGACGUGUUUCGACUUCAGUAUUGAGGUUCCUUCUCCUUCACAGGUGGAUCAUUCUGUCCUGGAAGCUCUUCCUCGAGAGCUGAGAGAGCAAGUGGAGCAGACGUGGAUGAAAAGAGUCGAGAAGCCAAAUAACUUCCGUCUUCCUGAUUUGCACCUUUCCUCUCCUGAUCCCAAUACAUGUCCUCCUCCUCCCGUACCGUACACCCCACCUGCAGGAACAUUGGUUCUGCAGAUUCCAGACCAGCCAGAUAGUCCAGGAAUUGUACUGGAAUUGCCUAACUUUUCACAGGUUGACCCAGAUGUAUUUGCUGCACUUCCCAAAGAACUGCAGGAAGAACUGAUGUCUGCCUACAAUCGUGCAACAAAUGUCCAACUCCAGGUGAAAACAGUCGAGCAGAAGAAUCCACUGCUGCAGCUAAAACAGCCUGGUGUAGAGAAUGGUCAGGUGAAGCGGCGCUACAAGAGAAAAAAUGGAGUCAGCCCUCUUAAAAAAGGAACUUCACCAUUAAAGAGGCAUCAGGUGACAAAAAGUCCAGCCAAAACCGUACCACCUCCUGUAAGAUCACAAGAACCAGCGAAUGUACCAAAGACUGAAAACAAUCCCUCCACCUCAAAACAAGAGGUCCCAGCAUCUGUAAGUAAAAUGGUUCCUCGUCCUGUUCCAGCUCUGGCUGGAGCCUGUGACCUGACAGACAUCAAGACACUUCUAAGGGAAUGGGUUGCCACAAUAACCGACCCUAUGGAGGAAGACAUCCUGCAGGUGUUGAAAUACUGCACUGAUCUGAUUGAAGACAAAGAUCUGGAGAAGUUGGAUUUGAUAAUAAAAUACAUGAAAAGGAUCAUGCAGCAGUCAGUGGAGUCUGUUUGGAGCAUGGCGUUUGACUUCAUCUUGGACAACGUGCAAGUGGUUGUGCAGCAGGUUUACGGUAGCAUCCUGAAGAUAACAUAAAACAAAGGGGAGAAGGUCCUGGUUUUACAGGGUCAUCUACGCAACAAAUCAUGACAUUUACUUUGUAAUUUCUUUUUUUUUUUUUCUCCAUUGCAUUUUCACCCCAACAUCUUGGAGUUCACUGUGGCUACAAAUGAUCAUAUAAACACAGUUCGUCUGAAUAAGUGCCAUAACAAGAUUUGAUAAAAACACGUAUCAAUUUUUGUACUUUUUUUAUGUACAAGCAAUUCAAACUGAAGAGCAAUAAAGGUUUUCAAUGUUGACUCACAACCAUAAUAAACAAACAUCAUAGCUAUUCUGUUUUCAUACAUUUGGUUACUUUUAUUUGAUUAUUGC